AAUGGCUCAAAAAGAUGACCGGAUUUUGCUGUUGAAUGCUCCAAGGCUCCCGCUCGAAGAUGAUAAGCUCAACGAGCUCACCGCUGAUCUUCACGAUUGGGCUCAUGCUAAUGGGCUUGUCAUGCGUCUAUCAACCGACAAGUUGAGCAGCGAAGUUUGUCAAACUACUCCAUUAACACUUCUUCCAUCUCCAUUCCCGAAAAAUGUUUUUGAAGAAGCAGUUCAUAUUCAGAACCUUUUCGCAAGUCUUUAUCACUUCAUAGCUUAUGAAUUUGAUUUUCUAAUCGAUAUUCAUAAAAAUGUCGUGAAAACUGAUGAUUUCACACGGAAUAUGGUUGAGAUCUUGAAGAAAGUCAAAGCCCAAGGACUCAAGCAACCAGUCACUCUCGCGAUUCAACGAUCUGAUUAUAUGUGUCAUAAGGAUCAAUAUUCAGCGGAAUAUGGACUGAAACAAAUUGAAAUAAACAAUAUCGCCUCGUCAAUGGGAGCACAUGCUCUACGGCUCACCGAAUGGCAUAUCAGAGUUCUUAAAGCGUUGAACAUUUCCGAUGACGUCAUUCAAAGAGCAAUUCCAGAAAACAAGCCAAUUCCAAUGAUCGCUGAAGCUUUAUUCAAGGCCUGGUCCCACUUUUCGAACCCAGCAGCUGUGGUUCUUGUCGUUGUAGAAAACGUCAAUCAAAAUCAGAUUGAUCAACGCCACGUGGAAUAUGAACUUGAAAAGUUAGGAGUACCGAUGACAUGUAUUAUUAGAAGAAAUUUAACACAAUGCUAUGAACAAUUAUCAUUGAAUGAUAGAAGCGAUUUGAUGAUUGAUGGGCGUCAAGUAGCAAUUGUUUACUUCAGAGCAGGAUACUCACCUGAUCAUUAUCCAUCUACAAAAGAAUGGGAAGCACGUGAGCGUAUGGAACUUUCCACCGCUAUCAAAACUCCAUGGAUCGGGCUACAGGUGGCAAAUACUAAGAAGACCCAGCAGGUUCUUUCUGAAGAUGGAGUACUCGAAAGAUUCAUCGGAAAACCACGAGAAGCUCGCGAUAUUCGAGCUUCAUUCGCAGGAAUGUGGGCUUUGGAGAACACUGAUGAAGUGACUAUGAAAGUCGUGGCUGGAGCUCAAAAACAUCCAGAAGCGUUUGUUCUGAAGCCACAAACUGAAGGUGGAGCCGCAUUGCACACCGGUGAUGAGAUGGUUCAAAUGCUCCGAGAACUUCCGGAAGAAGAGCGUGGAGCUUUCAUUUUGAUGGAGAAACUGAAACCGAUGAUUAUUGAAAACUACCUGGUUCUUGCAAAGAAGCCGAUCACAUUUGCUAAGGCUGUUAGUGAACUUGGAGUGUAUGGUUAUGCAUUUGGAAGGAAGGAUGCACCUGAGCUUAAGACUGCUGGGCAUUUGCUCCGAACGAAACCGGAAUCCACAGCUAUGGGUGGAGUAGCCGCCGGACAUGCUGUUGUCGACACCCCAUUCCUCUACGAAUUUAUUUGAUUUCGAACAUAAUCAGAAAACUCAACAAAAAUGCUGUGAUAUGAAACCAUUUGCUAUUUAGAUCUUUUUGUGUUUGUAAAUUUAAUCAUUGUAAUUUAUUGAAUGUUGAAUAUGUGAUAAUUAUGAGAUGAAUUUGAAUUUUCAAUUA